AUGACGAAAAUAACAGAUGCAGCAACGAGACAGGCAGUUCAAAGUGCCUAUGACGCCGUUAGAGCAACUGUUGUGGAAAGUCAAGAAAAAGAGUUACAACAGACCAAAACAGACCUAGUAAAUGCUUUCUUAAAAACGAAAAGUCAGGUAGGACAUUACGCUGCAGAUGGAACAUAUGUGCCAGCUGGUGGAACUUAUAUACCAGCUGGUGGAACUUAUAUACCAGCUGUUGGAACUUAUAUACCACCAAACCCUCCAAGAGAAGCACCUGCACCAGGACUACCUAAAACAUUUACAUCGUCACAUGGACACAGACACAGGCAUGCACCAAAACCAACACAACAACCAACACAACAACCAACAGUUCAAAACACUGCACCACAACCAACAGUUCAAAACACUGCACCACAACCAACAGUUCAAAACACUGCACCACAACCAACAGUUCAAAACACUGCACAGCAACAACCACAAACAGAGCAAGGACAUAAAAGAAGUAGAGAACAAGGAAACCUAGAAUUCUUAAAAAUGCUUAAGGAAAAUUAUGGUUACCCAGAUACUCUUGACUUUAGUGACAGAUAUAAAGAAGCUAUUAGAAAGUUCAAGGAAGGAAAUACUGACCCGAACCUAUUUAGCUUUAUGGCUCAGCACCAAAUGGGAUAUAAUUUCAAACCUGGAAAAUACAAGCUCGCUAAGGGAUAUGAUUUAAUAGCAUAUCAUCCAAAUGACAUGACUGAAUUUACUCCGAGAUAUUUGGUGUCAGAGCUAAAUGACAAUUCAACUCUCUUCAUGAAACGCGUAAAAAAUAGAGACGGAACGAAAGAAGAAAGGUUUAUGAGUCCGGAUGACUUAGAUAGGGAACUUGUUAAAAACGGUCUCGGAAUAUAUGAAAUGCCAGCAGAUGAGGUACAAGAAACUCCACAGGAAGAAGUUCAGAUACAACCAGACAUGGAAGAAAUAGUUCAGCAACAACAGCUAGAAGAGCCUGAAGGAAACGAACAAGUCCCUCCUUUGGAAACUAACUUCACAGAACUAGAUGAAGAUUUGGAACAGCCGAAAAAUCUUGACCCUCAACAAGAGUAUGAGGUGAAUAUGGAAUCUUUCCAAGAGUCUAAGAAAAAUUCGGCUGACAUGGUAGAAGAAUAUCGAAAAAUGUUUGCCGACAUACAAAAGACUCCAACACCAGAUGAAAAUAUUCAGCAUAGAAUGGAA